AGACAAUAAGGAAUUUUAACGGUGGCACAGUGUUUAUUGCACUCAACCUCUGUGCCUCUCUUAAGCUUCCUGCGCUGCUCGCCUCCCUCCCUCAACUUCUCAGUCUUCUCCCAUGGCAACUGCUCCCUGAGAAGAUCUACGAAGUUCAAAUUUUGUUGGAGUUUGUGAAUCUCCAUUGCGCCGCAGUCGAUUCGGACCAGAUUAUCUGUGUUUCUCUUCUCUUUUUCGGUUUUCAUUUCGUCGGGCACGAGAGAUCUGCCGUCGUAUCACCGAUUGAGAGCGAUCUGAGACAAGAGACUGAGAGGGCGAAGGUCGCACGGUCUCUUCUCUGUCCCGCUGGAAUUGCAUUUUGAAAAUUGAAGAAGACAGCCUGAACGAAAAAAACCCUAAGAGUGUCUCUCUUGGCUCUGCUGAUUUCCACUUCCUAUGUGGACUUAAAUUGAAAUAGAGACCCGCGGUACUGGCGAAGCUCCAGUGGGAGUUCCACUGCGGGCUGGGCCGUCGAGUUGGUGGUCAGGUUGGGUCAUAACGGCACAGAUCCCCUCCCUUCACAUAGUCACGCAACAGUUUUGAAGAGUUCUUGCUUCUCUGGACAUGGAGGAUACUCCAGAGAGGAACCGGAUUGGGACCCCCAUCUCUAAAUUUGAGGAUUCCCCAGUCUUUAACUACAUCAACAGUCUUUCUCCUAUCCAGCCUGUUAAAUCCAUACACAUCACUCAAACGUUCAACUCACUUAGUUUUGCAGCCAUUCCAUCUAUUUUCACUUCACCCCAUGUCAGUACCAACAAGGAGUUCAGAUUCUUAAAAAGGCAUCACUUUGCUGAUUCUUGCAAACCUAAAAAUUCUUCUGACAAUGGGAAUAAAAUCAGUGCAAGUGAAGGUGUCAUGGAUGUUGUCCAGCCCUCUGACAAUUCUGCUGAGCCACAUGAAAAUUUUUGUCAUGGGAGUCCCCUUGGAAGAGCACCUUUUGAGUCUGAUAAUGAACAGCCAAAGCUUGCAAUGGAGCUGUCACAGCCCUUAAAAUUUGAUUGUAGUAGCUCUGACUGUAACCCAACAAGUUGCAGCUAUGUUGGGGCAGAUGGUGGGACAGCAUUGGCUGGCAAAUCAGCAUCACUUGUUUCAUCAGUUCAAGAGGACUCUGGAAAAGGUUCAUUAGAAGGUGAAAUACACACACAAGAGACAUAUCAGACUGAGCACAACAGAGAAGAGUCAAGAUGUGACUGGGAGAGUUUGAUAUCAGAUACGUCUGACUUAUUGAUCUUUAAUUUACCCAAUGGUGCUGAGGCUUUCCAGGGGCCAAGUCAGAAAUCAGUUGAGCCUGUGCCACAGGAUGAUAUUACUGAUUUUCCCAAACAAUUGGUUGGUCUAGCUAGUUCUGCUGGGCAACCUGAAAUGGAUGAUCCUUCAAGCAAGAUGGAGGAAAUAGACCAAACUCAAGCCAGUCUUACUGAUGCUUCUCCAAAUAAGUGCAUGAGUAGCCAUCAGACAGAGAAAACGGAUAACGAAACAGGGGAGUGUGUACCAUUUACUUAUAAGCCUGUUUCUAAUUUGCAUCGUGGUAUGCGGAGGCGAUGCCUUGUUUUUGAGAUGAUGGGAGUUCACAGGAAAAAUUUACAUAAUGCCUCGGCUCUUGGUUCUUCCAAUCUGUCCCAACCUGAUAAUGAGCAGCUGGUUUCAAUUAAUCCAGGCAGCGAUUCUUCACGCCGCAUUCUUCCUGGGAUUGGUUUGCACCUUAAUACUCUGGCAACUGCUGCAAAGGACCGUCAAAUUGUCAAGCAGGAAGCUGUAGCUUCUGGUAGUCGACUGAUGACUGAACUCACCUCUACUACCUCUUUGCAUCCUCCAGCAAUUAAUCAAGAACCUAAAAAUAACUCUUUGGCUUUGAUCUCCUUGGAAAGAGAUAGGGAUCCCAUUGAAAGUGGAAUUCAUGCUGCUGAAGAUAUUUCCCAGACAUCUACAUAUCUCGUUAAUGAAGAGUUCAAUCAGAGUAGCCCAAAAAAGAAGAGGCUUAGGUUGGAAAAUGCUGGAGAAGGCGAGGCCUGCAAGCGUUGUAACUGUAAAAAAUCAAAAUGCUUGAAAUUGUAUUGUGAAUGCUUUGCUGCUGGCGUAUACUGUGUGGAGCCAUGCUCAUGUCAGGAAUGCUUUAACAAGCCUAUUCAUGAAGAUACUGUUCUUGCAACCCGCAAGCAGAUAGAGUCUCGCAACCCACUUGCUUUUGCUCCCAAAGUGAUUAGGAGCUCUGAUUCUAUACCUGAAACUGGGGAUGAAUCCAGCAGAACUCCAGCUUCAGCCCGACAUAAAAGAGGAUGCAACUGCAAGAAAUCAAGUUGUCUAAAGAAAUAUUGUGAAUGCUAUCAGGGUGGCGUUGGAUGCUCGAUUAACUGCAGAUGUGAAGGGUGUAAGAAUGCAUUUGGUAGAAAAGAUGGAUCUACGCCAUUAGGAAUGGAAGCUGAACCACCAGAAGAAACAGAAACCAGUGAAAAGAGUGCAACAGACCAACAUUUAGAGAGAACUGUCAUCCAGAAUGAUGAAGAGCAGAAUCCUCAUUCUGCUCUUCCAAUAACACCAUUACAACUUUCCAGGCCGUCAGCUGAGCAACCAUAUUUCUUGAAGCACAAACCACCACGAUCUUCUUUUCUUACUGUUGAAUCAGCCUCUGGUUUGCCCAUUAGGAGAAGAAUUGGAAAACCAAAUGUUCAGCCACUUCAAACCAAGAUUCAGAGGCAUUUUCGAACUUUAUCAGAGAAUGAAAUACCUCAAAUUCUUCAAGGCAAUGGCUCUCCUAGCAGUCGCAUCAAGGUUGCUUCUCCAAACAAGAAGAGGGUCUCUCCUCCUCAUUGCGACUUUGGGUCGUCCCCUGGUCGUCGAAGUAGUCGAAAGUUGAUACUGCAAUCUAUUCCUGCAUUCCCAUCUGACUGCGCAGCAUUCAAAGAUUGAUGCCAUGGGUUUUAAAUAAAACCAGUUAAAAUUUUUUCUUCAAAGAUCUUUUUAGCUGUAUGUUAUUUGAGUUUGUAGUAUGCGGUUGUUUGAUAAAUCUCUCUUAUAAUGUCCAACUAUUCUUGUAAAAAGGUUUACCAUUUAUUUCAUUUUUUCUUGUAGUUUUUAUUUGGUUUUUUGUAUUUUUACAAUUGGUUAUGUCUUCCUAUUCUCUUUCUUGAGAGAAUUACAAUGUAAAUAUUUUUUUUUUGACUAAAUCAUGUCAUGUAUCAUAUAUGCUACCUGGAAUUGUUGAAGAGUUUACAAAAUAUUGGUGGGGAAGUUUGUCCCACAUAAAAUAAGGGAGCCAUUUAUUGAA